AUCAAGGACGUGAAGAAUCGGCAUUCCACAAAGCCAUUGGAUUUGGCUGAGACUUUUGUGGGCGAUGUCGGGAGGAGGAAGUUCCCUAUUGGGGAGAUGCAGGAUAUCAUGGACUACUUACCGGCGAAUCGAAAUCAUGACGAUUUCUUGUUCGUGCGGCAACACGGUUCACAGAUGUUCCCUCUCCCACAUAGCGAUACCCCUGCUACGACGGAGACCUUCACCAGUUUCCCGGCUUCAGGCCAGCCACCACUCCUACAGACCCCCCCACCGUUCGAUACAUACUUCCCUCCUCCUCCAUAUGAUGCAUUUACCUACGCCGAAAACCCCAGCCAGUCGCAGCCUUACCUGUCUGAUUUUGAGCGGAAUGAACUGAUCCUCACGGCGUAUGGCCCCAAUGCGGGCCUGCCGGCCAACCUGGGUCCUAUGGACGGACAACUCCAAUUUGAAUCAGCUCCGCCUACAUCGGGUACGAUGCCAUGGCUGCCGACUGACGGUUUUGUGGAUGGGUUGCUCGGACCUGUAUUUGCGUCGGACACGACACCGUACCUAACGGCCGACGGUCCUUUGGACGGGCCACCCCAAGCUGGGCCUGAACCAACUGCGCCCACAUUCACAUUCGACACAACCCCGCUGUGGCCAGCGGGCGACGGAGGGUUUCCCUUCGAUGAAACACUGUCAUGGAAUUUGGGCAUGAUGUAGAUUGAUCGUUGAACCCACUAUGGGAAAGUUACGACUUGUCCUAUGAAGUGGAAUUGGAAAGGGGGGAGCGCCAUUUUGCAGCGUAUGCAUUUCGGUCACGUCCAAGCCUCAUAAUCGGGACGGGAAGCAAACAAUGGGGCAAAUGUGUCCGGAUUUUGAGAAGGUAAAGAUCCAUAUACAGUGCGCAUAGCCAACAACCAUAGUUGUUAACGGGGGACGGGGGUUUGGAUAGGGUCGACAAC